CGAUUGGCCAGCAAGUACACGGAUCUUAGCCAAUCGCGCCAACGCCUUUGCAAAAAAAAAAAAAUGUAGAGAAAAAAAGUCAAUGAUUAUAACAAUGUAGCUACAGUAGGCUACGUAUUUAAUCACUUACUGUUUAGACAACUGUACAGCCACCAUUGCCAUGCCCUCAAUAUGACCGCCUGUCCGGUUAAUUUACGAAUUUCAUUUGGAAAGACGUGACACUCAUCCAAUCUUUUUACUUAACAACUACAGGCAAGGCAAGUACCCAGAAUUCCAAGUUGCCAUGGCGCCACAUCCAGUGGUCCAGGCUAUCAUUGACCUCACUGCUGGAGCCCUAGGCGGCACGGCCUGUGUGAUCAGUGGCCAGCCCUUUGACACAGCCAAGGUGAAGAUGCAGACCUUCCCCACCAUGUACCGGGGUUUCCUCGACUGCUUCGUGUCCAUCUACCGGCAGGUGGGCCUGCGCGGCCUGUACCAGGGCACCAGCCCGGCGCUGGUCGCCAACAUCGCCGAGAACUCGGUGCUCUUCAUGAGCUACGGCUUCUGCCAGAGGGUGGUCAGCCGGGUCUGUGGGCUGGACAGAGAGGCGGCGCUCAGCGAUGUGCAGAAAGCCUGCUCGGGGUCUCUGGCCUCCAUCUUCUCCUCGCUGGUCCUCUGCCCCACGGAGCUGGUGAAAUGCCGGCUGCAGGCCAUGCACGAGAUGGAGGCGUCGGGCAGGGUCGCCAGGGGGCAGAAUACUGUGUGGUCGGUGGUUAAGACGGUCAUACGGAAUGACGGUCCUCUGGGAUUCUACCAGGGUCUGACCACCACCAUCGUGAGGGAGGUACCUGGGUACUUCUGCUUUUUUGGGGGCUACGAGCUCAGCCGGAGCGUCUUCGCCCGCUACAUGGGGAGAGACAAGGAGGACAUCGGAGUGGUCCCAGUCAUGUUCAGCGGGGGGUUUGGCGGUGCCUGCCUGUGGCUGGUGGUGUACCCCAUAGACUGUGUCAAGUCCAGAAUCCAGGUCCAUUCCCUGACGGGGCGACAGCAGGGCUUCCUCAAGACCUUCAUGGGUAUUGUGCGCACCGAAGGAUUCGCUGCUCUGUAUUCGGGCCUCACCCCCACCAUGAUCCGCACCUUUCCUGCGAACGGAGCGCUCUUCCUGGCCUACGAGCUCAGCCGCAAGCUGAUGUUGCAGCAGUUUGAUGGUUGAGCCAGUCAUCAUCAUCAUCAUCUUCUUCUUCAUCAUCAUCACUGCAGCGGUCUUUUACCCAAAAAUCACCACCUACAUGCCCCCAAAUGCCAGGAUUUAAAGUGCAUUUUAAUGUAUUUAUUUUUUUUGAUAAUUCUGAUAGAUAACUCUUCAACUCUAUGCUAUAAUGCCUCCAGAGCAUGGACAUGACAACGUGUGUGAUGACAUUUUACAGGUCCUUUAUUUUUUUUUCUUAGUUUUGUAAGACAGGGUCAAGGUACAGUAAGUCUGAAACAAAACGUUGCGGCAUGCAUUAUGAAUAUCCAAAGCGCUUUACAAUUGAUGCCUCUCAUCCACCCAUUCACACAUACACUCACAUGCCAACGGUGAAAGGCUGCCAUGCAAGGUACCAAUCAGCUCAUUGGGAGCAAUUAGGGGUUAGGUAUCUUGCUCGGGGACAACACGCCCAGGGCAGGGGAUCGAACCGGCAACCCUCUGACUGGCAGACAACCGCUCUUACCUGCUGAGCUAUGUCGCCCCUAUGCUGCUAUGACAGCAGUACAACAUCUGUCUAGUAGCAAGAAAGUUGUAAUCUGCUGUCUGGACCGGUUAUGAGUCACAAUGCUAAGUAUGUAAAGUAGGACAUGCGUUUCAGGGAAAGUGUUUAAAAGCUGCUUCAAAUGCAUGCACAGGAACUGCAAUUCAUGCAGAUUUUAAAUUCAGUUUAAGUUGUGGUAUUAUUUUGGUGAUGGUAGAAUGUACUAAAUAAUAAUAAUGACUAAUAACUAAUAAAUAUAAUAAUAAUAAUUAGAAAAUCUACUGCCAGUUACAGGUAUUGGAGACCUUCACAACCGUAGCCAGUCAAUCAGAUUCAUAUACAUUCCCGCAAGCAGUGUGAAUCUAUGUGUAUGUUAAAUAAUGCAGUAUUUAAAUCUCAGUGGAUUUGAUGGUGAAGGGUAUGGAAGGGGAAUGUUUGUUAUUCUUAUGCAAAAUCAUAACUCUUUUGGAAACAAUCAUCUGUGUAGAAAGUAUAAUUUGUACUUGUUAAACUUUCAUUAAGGGAAUUAUAUUAGCUGUUACAUGAAUAAAUUAUAUUUUUAAAGGUGUACAAACUGCAAAGUAUAUUUUUGUAAAUUUGUAAAGACUUGACCAUAGAUAAAUAUUCUUCAAUAAUACUGAUGGACGAUUGUUUUUACCCAUUUGUCCUUUAUAUAUAGUUACUGAAGUUGAGGUUCUUUUGGAAAUACUUUAUUAACAGUGAUUCUCUUGAUGAAGGAGGUGGUGGGAGUUGGGGGAAGGGGGGUAGCAGGUGUAUUCUGCCCUUUUACAUCAGUGUGGUUGAUGUGUAAUUUUGGCUCCAAAAUAAAUACGGCAAGUGAUUGGUUUGAAGAAUUAAAAGAGAAAAGAAGGCUGUUUGAUGUCCUUAUUUGAAAAAAGAAAA